AUCUCCUCUGUCCCACUUGUUUAGAUGCUAAAGCAGCAUAAGCUUCAAAAUUUUUGUGUAACUCCCCAAAAUGGCUUUCUCUUCUUUCAAAAUAUGUGCAAGACUGUUUCAAGAGAGUGCACUGAUAUGUAAUAGUUUUCAUACCUGCAGUCCACAAUACUUUCAUGACUCCAGAAUUCUCAGUUCCAUGCCAACAAAACGUAAAGUCAAAAUUGAUCCAAGAAUCCUUAUAGAAAAAGAACAAAGGAAGAGGAAAAAGAUUGAAAAUGAACUCAGGAGACUUGAAAGAAAAGAGGGAACACUGAAACCUAUAGAUGAAUAUGAUUCCGUGAGAAAGUUGAAACGACAAGUCAGUGACAGAGCCAGGCCAAUUCCUGAAUUACCCAAGGAGGAAGUAUUAAGAAGAAUUCAACUAGAAAAGGACUGGUGUCAUUACACAACUAAACAGUACAGAGCUCUGAGUUGGAGCAUACAUCAAGCCACAAAGUUCUCUGCUGAAACCUUAGUGGAACUUCGUAAGGAGUCAGAGGAACUCUAUGUGCAGGCCAUUCAGGAAGAUCCUAAUCUUUUAUCUUACUCCAAAAGUGGACCUUCGUUAACACCACCAAUUAAAGAUUACAAUUUUCCAGAUGGAGAGUAUAGUGAUGUGACUAAAGUUUGGUGAUUUCCAUCAAUGUAUUCUGAACUUUCUUUUAUGUGCACUGUACAUAUAUAGCUGUGUCAUGUAGAUCAGUUAUAAAGAAGCAUUUUAGUGAAGAAUUCACAUUUUAAUAAAUGAAAUCAUGAG